UUAGCCUUUAGUGGAAAACUGUGUGCUUGGCUUCCUUGGGAGGGGAUACUUCUCCCUUCUCAUACAGACAUCAGCUAACUCAACCCCAGGCUACAGGCUUUUUAUUCUGUAUCCAGUUGUCAUUCAUCUAGCAACUGACAAGCACAAAUGCACCGUAUAUCAAGACGGGGUCUCAGCAAGUAAGCAGCAGCUGACACCAAGAUACAUAUUGCCAUAUGUGUUUCAUAUCAUGGAGGCAGUGCUGGAAGAUCUCAGAGCAGGAAGCUGCAUGAAAUAGAGACUGCAGGGAAACUGCAACUAGAAAGAACAGCAGGGUUGAAAGGAGGGACCUGUACUUUACUGUACAUGAGUUUAGUGCCUUGCUGUUGAGGGCACCGUAACCAGCAGCAGGGCCAUGGACAAGGCGGCUCAGCAGCAGCAGCAGAGUGGGGGAGGUAGCAGUAAUAGCAGCAGCCGGAGCAGCAGCAGAGCCACCUCGGCAGGAUCAUCUCCCUCGUCAUCUGGACGAGUGCUGGCUGCGGGGUCCGGGAGAGGGCUGCAGCAGCAACACCAGGCUGUGGCACAAGCAGCAGUUGGGAGACUGGACGGAAGCUCUGCACGGGGAGGCAAAGAGCAGCAGCACAAGCAAAUCAUAGAAGGGCUGCUUAGCAAGUACACCAACCUCAUCCAGGGAUGGCAGAACAGGUAUUUUAUGCUGGACUUUGACUCAGGGACAUUGCAGUAUUUUGUGACAGAAGCGAGUAAGAACCAGAAACCAAGAGGAAGUCUGUCUUUAGCUGGGUCAGCCAUUUCUCAAAGUGAUGAGGCACCCAAUAUGAUAGUUGUGUACUCGGCUAAUGGAGAAAUAUAUAAACUCAAAGCUGGUGACUCCAAGGAGAGACAUUACUGGUUAACUCAACUACAAGCAUGUGCCAAGUACCAUACAGAGACCAAGAGCUCAGUUUCACAGAGGGCCAGGAGCUUUUCAUUACUACCCCAUGGGACUCCCAAUUCCUCAUCCCCUGGAAGCCAGAGACACCUGACACACAGCGGCCCUACUAUUGUCACCGUCACACACCACAAGUCCCCUGCAGCCGCCAGAAGAGCCAGGAACCAGAAUUCUGCCCAGCUGCAUGAAGUAAAAGAGAUGAUGGCCCAAGUGGAAGGACAGCAAAAACAUUUGGUGCACACUAUUGAAUCACUUUCAGGUUCUGGACCCCUUUCUGCCUUGGACCAGGACUUACUCCUACUGAAAGCUACCUCUGCUGCUACCCUUAGCUGCCUUGGGGAAUGUCUCCAUCUACUUCAGCAAAGUGUAUAUCAAGCUGGACAGAAUAACAAGACUGUAACAACAGAAAACAUCAUGGGCUGGCAUGGACAAAAGUCUCAUUCUACAGAAAAUAUUAAAAAUGAAAGUCUCAGCUCUUUACCAUCUGCCAGUGCCAAUCUCACAUGGCCAAUGUUGCCAAGUACGCCUCAGGAAUACCACAUGCUCACUCAGGAUAUUGAGGUUGAUCCUCCAGAGGCUGAAGAUGAGCUGACAGAUACAGAAGAUAAUGAAGAAGCAGAUUUGGGAGUCAUGGAUGAUCAGCGCAGUAUAAUCCUUCACCUUAUCUCACAGCUCAAACUUGGCAUGGAUCUCACCAAGGUAGUGCUUCCAACAUUUAUAUUGGAGAAAAGAUCCCUCCUGGAAAUGUAUGCAAAUUUCAUGGCCCAUCCAGACCUGUUUUUAUCCAUUGCAGCUGGUUCAACUCCUGAAGAAAGAAUGAUCAGGUUUGUGGAAUAUUACCUAACAGCCUUCCAUGAAGGCAGGAAAGGAGCCGUUGCCAAGAAGCCCUACAAUCCUAUCAUAGGAGAAACAUUUCAUUGCAGCUGGGAUGUUCCCAAGGACAGAGUGAAAUCUUGUAGAACUCACAAUGCCUCUCCGCAAUCUAAUGAUACAUGCGCUGGCCAGAGUGCUACUACAGAUGAUUACAAGGUGCGCUUCGUAGCAGAACAGGUUUCCCAUCAUCCUCCAGUGUCUUGUUUUUAUUUUGAAUGCAAAGAGAGAAAAAUGUGUGUAAAUGCUCACAUCUGGACCAGAAGCAAAUUCUUGGGGAUGUCUGUUGGUGUUUCCAUGGUAGGAGAAGGUGUUCUCAAGUUGAUGGAGUAUGAUGAAGACUAUGUAUUUACACUUCCGAGUGCCUAUGCACGAUCAAUUCUCACAGUUCCUUGGGUGGAGCUGGGAGGUAAAGUCAGUAUUUCCUGUGCCAAAACAGGCUAUGUUGCCACAGUCACAUUCCACACCAAGCCUUUCUAUGGAGGAAAGGUCCACAGAGUUACAGCAGAGGUUAAGCACAAUCCCACCAACACAAUAGUUUGUAAAGCCCAAGGGGAAUGGAAUGGCCUUCUGGAAUUCAUAUAUAGCAAUGGGGAAACCAAAGUGAUUGAUACAACUAAAAUGCCUGUUAUCAGGAAGAAGAUAAGACCACUGCGGAAGCAAGGACAUUUUGAAUCAAGACGGAUAUGGGAAAACGUCACUAAUGCCCUUAAAUCUGACAACAUUGAAGCUGCAACAGAGCACAAACAGCUUUUGGAGGAAAGGCAACGAGUCGAAGCCAGGCAAAGAACUUCUCUCAAUACUCAGUGGAAGCCAAAAUAUUUUAUCAAGGAGGGUGAAGGCUGGACCUACAUUAAUCCUAUUUGGAAAACACCUUGAUCAUAACUCUACCAGAACCUCCAAUGCAGUGCUUUAGACCAUUAUACUAUAUUCAGGUGUUGACAAGCCUAUUACAAAAAAGGGGGAAAAAGUCUACGGUUUUCUAAGCAUCUGCAAGCAACAACUGUUUACUCAAAGCCAUUUUUUUCACUAAAUGUGUAGAUUAUAUAUACAUAUACACAUUCAAUGUAUCAAGACAAAUAUAUAAAUAUCUGUAUACCUAUAAAUAUGCUGGUAACAUAAUUUUUUUAUAUAAACAAUGCUGAAUUUUUAUUUGUCAAAAAUAUUUAGCAUAACUGACAAAUCGUUCUCAGUUUGUUCUCUCUAUGAAAUAUAAGCACAGCAAGAAAACAAAUAUGGACAUACAACGGAUGACUUGCAAUUAUGAGAUGACUGAGUAGUUAUACUCAAGCUUUGCAAUCAAUAUCUUGGUGUUAAAUAGUCCAAAGAGUGGAUAUCUUAACUCUUAAACCAUUCUGAGUGUUGACAUUGUAUCAACAAAGUGAUGUAUAAUAGAUAUUUUGUUUUAGUCCUGGCGACCUAAUAGUUGAAUAGCAUAUCUCAAACAAUCAAAAAUGGUUUUUAAGAUUUUUUUUCUCUUCUAGAAGGUAAGUGAAAUUUGUAAUUGUAUAGAAAAUAUACUUAAUUAUAGCCCCUCCAUUUUUUUAAAAAAGGGGGAAAAAAAGGGAAAUGGAAAAGAAUUUUUGUAUUCUACAUUAAAAAUUCUGAGCUGUGACGGCUCCUGCUUUAUUGAUUAUUGAAAUCAUUUAAAGGGAUACUAAACCAAUUUUUUUUCUUUCAUGAUUCAGAUAGAGCAUGUAAUUUUAAGCAACUUUCUAAUUUACUGCUAUUAUCAAUUUUUCUUCGUUCUCUUGUUCUCUUUAUUUGAAAAUCAGGAAUCUAAGCUUAGGAGCCGGUAGCCACCAAUCAGCAAGUACUACCCAGUGUACUGAACCAAAAAUGGGCCGGUUCCUAAGCUUAGAUCCCUGCUUUUCAAAUAAAGAUAGCAAGAGAAUGAAAAAAUGAUAAUAGGAGUAAAUUAGAAAUCAUGAAAGAAAACAUUUGGAUUUAGUAUCCCUUUAUCUAUUUAUGCAACACACUAGUGCAAGAUCUAACUGGCAACCCAUCAGGAAACCAAUCUGUUGAAUAGUGCUGCAAGAUAAAGUUUUUUUUGAGUUUUUUAAAGUUAAUGCAGUAGAUCCCAAAUUUGUCAAGUUUACAUGGAUAUGAAACCCCAAAUUUUCAUUUUGUAAUUCAGACAGAGCAUACAUUUAAAAAAAAAAUUUCCAUUUAAUUUUAUUAUCAAAUUUACUUUUCUCUCAUGGUAUUUUGUGUUGAAGAGAUAUCUAGAUAGGUAGCGUGCACAUUCCUGGAGCACUACAUAACUGGAAAUACUGCUGCCAUCUAGUGUUCUCUAACCUACAGUGCUGCACAUCAAAUAGCUGGUUUAGGCAAUUUGCAGCAUAUUGAAAACCUAGGUUACAGAUUUUGCUUCUUGACCUCUCUAGGGAGCAUGGGACAAAGCAUCAAUUUUACAGUUAAGCAAAAGUGUUUAAUGUCCCUUUAAAGGGAACCUUAGUUAAAAAUCAUAUCAUUAAAGUACUAAAGGGACAUUAAAGUCAGCAUUUCAUCUCCCUGUAGACAGUUUAAGGAAAAUAAUGACAACAUUGUAUUGUACACUCAUUAUUUAUUUAGUCUGUGUUUGUUCCACCCCCUUCAGAGAAGCUGGAGUGCCUCCAUUAUAUUUAAAUAUGGUAAAAUGAACUUGGGCCUACAACAUUCUACACAGUGAUUGGUUAGACCCUAGCAGAAGCUCAUUUACAUCUGUCACGAACAGACCACAGCUAACGAGACCAGAAACAUGGAUUCCAGUAGGCUUUUCUAGAGGGGUAUCCAUGAACCACUCUUGAUUUGCAAAAACCUGUAAAUUGUGCAAACAAAAUGACAAUGUCAUAUGAUUUGAAAACACAUAUGAUAUUUGCUAUGAGUUUAAUGUCUCCUUAAUCUCUAGUAUUUGGUAAUUUGCAGUGUUUAAGAACAAGUAUUAGUACAAAAUGCUAGAAGCUUAUACAUUUCAUGGGAAUAGAAAUCUUGGAGUACAUUCUAGUCUUGCCAUUUGGCUUAUCAAAGUGGUUAAUAUUACCUAAUAUGCCAUAUUGAAAAUUGAAUCCAUCACAUAUAAGCUUGUUUUUCAGCACAAAUCUGAUAGCUUCUGAUUUUGUUAACUGGUCAUAUACUUCACAUGGGGCAAUAUCGUAAACUCUGUUCCAUCCAAUAAGCCUUACAGGGGCAUAAAACCCUCAGGGCAAGAUUACAAGUGGAGUGCUAAUUUAACGUGCCCCUGUAAAAGGGCAAAUUUGCCCGUUUACAGGCAUGUGUUGAAUAAUCAGCCAAUAGGAGUGGCUGAUUAAUGCUACAGCAAGCUUGUGGUAGAACUUUGUUCUCAGUUAGGUUAACCAGAGGUCAGACCUCUGGUUAAUUAAAGAAAUGUCCCCGAAUUGCCCCCCAAAAUCAAGAAUAUAGUUACUUUUUAAAAAUGAAAUAUAUGAAGAAUAAUUCCUUAAAGGGACACAAACCCCAGAUUUUUUUUCCUUUCAUGAUUUAAAUAGAACAUGCAAUUUUAAGCAACUAAUUUACCCCAUUAUAAUUUUUUCUUUGUUCUCUUGCUAUCUUUAUUUGAAAAAAAAAAUCAGGAAUGUAAGCUUAGGAAUUGGCCCAUUUUUUUUUUUUGUUCAGCACCUGGCUAGCGCUUGCUGAUUGGUGGCUACGUUUAGCUAAAUUGCAUGCUCUAUCCGAAUCAUGAAAGAAAAAAUGUGGGGGUUUUGUCCCUUUAAUCUCUACAAACAAUGUUGUUGCUGGUAAAGGCUUUUACUGACUUCAAAUAUAGGAAAUAUUUCUGUUCUGAGAAAUAUUGAUAAUGCCAUCAAAUACUUUCAUAGAUCCAAUGAUUUAACUUAAAGUAGGAUUAGAAUAGUGUUUAAAGUAUUGGGCAACAUUAACAUAAUGGUAAAACGUGUUAUUUUGUCAGGAUUAGUGGCAAGAUCUACUCCAAGUCUUCUGUUAAUUUCCUGUUUAGACAAUAAUAUUAAUCUCAUCAUCAAUCAUUUUACACAUUCUUGUCUUAAUCUUAUUGGAAAUGAGAGAACACGGCUGGUUAAUAUUGCAAGGAAUGCAUCCUAUGUCGUUCACACUGUGAUGUUAGUACUUUUAAAUGAAGGCUUAUACAUAUUGAAUUGAUUAACUAAUGCUAAUUAAUCACUGGGUAAGUAAAGUUAUUGAUUGAUGUUUUUAUGAGAAGUCCAUUUCAAUGCAAAAUAAAUGAAGUAGAAUAAAGUAGAUUUUUUUUUCUGUAUGUAAUUAAAUAAAUGAUCUUUUUUACACAA